AUGGAGCAAUCAGUACAAUUCAAUAUAAUUAAAUCAAUGAAGAAAAUGCAAUCUGCAUAUCUUUACUCUCUUUUCUUGUUCUCAUCUUCAUUAGUUUUACUAAUCUUACACUUGAUGAAAUCCUACAGUAGUGUAUAUCUUACUUCUAUUCUGAAAUUCAACAUUGACAGGAACCAUAUGUUCCUUAUCUGUAAUGGGAUUUUAGUAAUCCUUGUUAAAAGCUCGUCUUCGCUUUUGAUGUCACCGUCUCAGGACAGCAACUCUGAUUACAGCAGUAGUACUAGUAAUGCAGCUCAGAGUUUGCCAAGAUCAGUUGUACUAGGUGAUCAGAGAAAACAGCAAGAAGAGUUUUCUGCUGUAAGUUCAGAACAGAAUGUUAGUACUGAUGUAAAAACAGCGCGAUUCUUGACAGUUGAAGAGACUGUUAUAACUGAAGUACUUCAGGUUCAGCAUCAGAAAGUGGUGGUUUCAGAAUGUGAAGUUGCUCAUGUACAUCAGCAAAAUGAUGAUGUUUAUGAUGAUCACAACGAUAUAGUCGAUGAUGAGGAUGAAGACGACGAGGGUGCAGAGGAAUUGAACAAAAGGUGUGAGGACUUUAUUAGAAAGAUGAAGCAGGGGAUUAUUUCUGAACACAGAAACGAUCUAGGAUUAUCUAGAAAUUAUAUCUGCUAA